AUGGAGUCUCAGGUUUAUGCAGAUGGACCUUCGGAGGAUGCCACUGUCUCUACGGAUGAGGAAAACGUCCAGAACAAAAAUCACAUCUUGUCGCAGCAGGUAGAUUCUCCAGAGGUUCACAUUGGGUUCCUUAGUCUUUAUCGAUAUGCAACGAUAUCCGACAAACUACUGCUUCUGCUUAGCGUGGCAUGCUGUGUGAUUGCUGGGGCUGCGGUCCCAGGAAUGACUAUUGUUCUCGGUGGUCUAACGGAGAAAAUAAGAGACUUUGUUGUCGGUGGUGUCUCAGUACAGGAAUUCAAAGAUGAUAUAUCUCGCUACUCUCUUUACUUCGUAUACGUUGGCAUUGGAGAAUUCGUCACCGUAUUAAUCGGCACAGCGGGCUUCGUUUACGUCGGCGAACGUGUCACUGGCAAGACUCGCGAACGGUAUAUGCAAGCCAUAUUACGCCAGAAUAUAGGAUUUUUUGACAAGCUUGGCCCAGGGGAAAUCGCUAAUCGAAUCACCGUCGAUACUCAUCUAAUGCAAACAGCUGUAUCUGAAAAGGUUGGCACUGCAUUAACUUCAGUUGGAACAUUUAUCACCGCACUGGUGAUCUCUUUAGGAUAUUCUUGGCGAUUAGCCCUGAUCUCAUUUUCGUCGGUGGUUGCCAUAGUGCUGCUGAUGGGAACUGUCAGUCGGUUCAUUGUCAUAUUCAACCAGCGAGCGCAGAAGGAAUUCGACCUUGCCGUUAGUUUGGCAGAAGAGGCAAUAGGCUACAUCAGAAUAGUCUCAUCACUGAAUGCUCGAGACCAGCUGAGCGACCGGUUCGAAAAUUAUCUUGAACAGUCAGAGAAAUGGGGACGCAAAGUCAAGACUCUCCUCGGAGUUUCGAUUGGUGGAUUGAUCUGCAUUGUAAUGCUGAAUAUUGGACUUGAUUGCUGGGAAGGAUCGCGAUUGUUGGUGGACUCGAAGAUUACACAAGGUGAUAUUUUGACAAUCACAUUGUCAAUCGUUAUCGGAGCGUUCUCUCUGGGCUAUGUAGCGCCCAACAUACAGCAUAUCGCCGCUGGGAUUGCGGCGGCUGCGAAAAUCUUCGGGACCAUCGAUCGCGAAUCGCCAAUUGAUCCACUCAAAGAGGGAGGAAAUGUUUUGGAGUCCUUAUCUGGCCAGAUUGACUUCAAUAAUAUCACGCAUAUCUACCCCUCUCGACCGGACACUGUGGCGUUGAAGAGUGUGUCAUUGAAUAUCCGAGCAGGCCAAACGAUUGCGCUCGUUGGACGAUCAGGAUCAGGAAAAAGUACGUUUAUUAACAUUCUUCAACGCUUCUAUACACCUGUAGUCGGCAGCAUAAGUGUGGAUGGCCAUGACAUAGCCAAACUGGACCUGUCAUGGUUAAGACAGCAGAUGUCCCUUGUUGGUCAACAGCCAACCCUUUUCAGCACAACAAUAUUUGAAAAUAUUGCGCAUGGUCUGAUUGGAACUAUCAAUGAAAAUGCAUCUCGGGAGACCAAAGAGCAGCUGGUAAUAGAGGCAGCCAAGAUUGCCAAUGCCCACUCUUUCAUCCAGGCACUACCAGAUGGAUACGACACAUGGGUAGGAGAAAGGGGAUCUCAGCUCUCCGGAGGCCAAAAGCAACGCAUUUCAAUUGCUCGUGCUGUGAUCAGAAAUCCGAAAAUCCUCCUUCUGGAUGAGGCUACGUCAGCUUUAGAUAGUAACUCCGAGCAUCUAGUCCAGGAGGCGCUCGAUAGAGCUGCAGAGGGUCGUACGACUAUCAUGGUCGCGCAUAGGUUAUCCACUGUUCGAGGAGCAGAUCGAAUCGUUGUACUUGAUCAAGGACAGAUUGUCGAGGAGGGAACUCAUGAGGAACUUGUUGAGAAGCAAGGAGCUUACUUUCGUCUGUUUGAAGCGCAGCGAAUCCGACAAGAUAUCGCAGAUGAUCAACAUGCCCUCACAUCCCCUGGAUCAUUCACUACUGACGAUGUAUCGGUAUCUCGAUUUGGUGUUGGAAGCGUUUCGGACGUUCAUUUAUUGUCUCUCAACCUCAACGAAAAGGGCGUCAAGACAACUGUGGAGCAAGCUGUCCAUGAUCCUCCAAGUCUCGGGUCCCUUGUCCGAAUGGUAGCGAUGCUUAAUCGUCCGGAGGCAAAGAUACUGGCGCUAGGAUUGUGCUGCAGCGUCCUCGCUGGCGGAGGAACUCCAACUCAUGUAGUAUUCCUCGCGAAAAAUGUCGAGGCCCUCGCAAAGCCACCGGCCCUCUACUCCGAGCUACGCAGCGAUGUCAACUUUUGGUCAGUCCUUUACUUGGCACUCGGCCUAGGACUUUUGCUUAUCCAAGGCACACAAGGAUUUGCGCUGGGUUUCUGUUCCGAACGGCUUCUCCGACGUGCUCGAUCGACAGCCUUUCAGUCCAUUCUGAAGCAGAAGAUGACAUUCUUCGAUCAGAAAGACAAUUCAACUGGAUCACUUGUUUCAUUCUUGUCGAUGCAAACAGUCAACCUAGUAGGUUUAAGUGGAUCAACCCUUGGUACAAUCCUGACUGGCGCAACGACAAUGAUCGCAGCCAUCUGCGUUUCUAUUGCUUUUGGUUGGAAGCUGGGUCUCGUAUGUGUGGCAAUGGCUCCCGUCCUCAUUGCUUGUGGUUUCCUUCGAUUUUACCUGCUGGCUCGGUAUGAGUCGCAAUCCAAACUCCUCUACGAAAGAUCAGCCGGCUACGCCUGUGAGGCAGUUACGGAUGUACGUACGGUAGCGGCGUUGACUCGAGAACGGGAGAUUUGCGCCGAGUACUACCAACAAGUUCAAGGCAUCAUCGCAAAAAAUCUGCCGUCCGUUGCCACAACUAGUAUCCUAUACGCCUGCUCACAAUCUCUUUUCUUUGGUUGCACGGCUUUGAGCUUCUGGUAUGGCGGAAACUUGAUAGCAGACGGCAAGUACACUCUAUUCGAAUUAUUUGUUUGUUUUAUUGAGAUUAUGUUCGCGACUCAAUCUGUUGGGACGAUAUUUUCCUUCGCUCCAGACAUGGCACGCGCCAAAGAAGCAGCUGUCAAUUUGAAGAAUAUUUACGAGCAAGAACCUGAAGCCUCCGAAGGAAAUCCACUCGACUUGGACAAACUUCAGGGUAAAAUCGUCUUUGAAAAUGUGUCUUUUCGGUAUCCUACUCGUCCAACAAAAUAUUCUCUACGGGACGUGAAGAUUAGCAUUGAACCAGGCCAGCACGUCGCGCUCGUAGGAUCCAGUGGAUCGGGGAAAAGUACCAUCAUUGCUCUCCUUGAACGAUUUUACGAGGCAGAGCAAGGCUUGAUUACGCUUGACGGAAAGGAUAUAAGGGACUGCAGCACAUCACAAUACCGUAGCGCUUUCGGUCUAGUUAGCCAGGAGCCUACAAUGCUUCGUGGUACUAUUCGUGAGAAUAUACUCCUAGGUCUGGAUCAAGAGAUUCCGGAAGAAAGCAUUGUGACAGCAUGCAAGGAUGCAAAUAUCUAUGAGUUUAUUCAGUCUCUACCAGACGGAAUGGCUACGACGGUUGGCACCAAGGGCGUUCUGCUCUCAGGUGGACAAAAGCAACGAAUUGCUAUCGCUCGAAUCCUCAUUCGUGAUCCUAAAAUACUCCUCCUCGACGAGGCUACCUCUGCCCUGGACUCUGAGUCGGCAACUGUGGUACAACAGGCUCUUGAGAAGUUGCGGCAAGGUCGAACCUGUAUCAGCGUCGCUCAUCAGCUGAGCGCUAUUCAGGACGCAGAUCAAAUUUACGUUUUACACGACGGUACGGUUGUGGAAAGAGGAACGCAUGAGGAGCUGAUUCGUAGGCCAGGGAUCUAUAACGAACUGGCCAGAUUGCAGGCUUUGGAUGGAUAA